AGGUGGAGGAGUCAGAGGGUGGGAUGUUUCCCUUACUGCUAAAUUAUGAACUAGCAAUUGGCUGAGCGCUCAAGGGUUAACUCUCUCACUAGAAGGCAGCAGGGAGGGGGUAUGUGUGUGUGUGUGUGUGAGAGAGAGAGAGAGAUGUGCAUUUCCCCUUUAAGUACACUGCCUUGUUAAUUAGAUCAGAUCGCUGAGACUAGCUGCUGCAAGCUCCCUCUGUCCUGAGCCCAGGUGUGUCCUCCCCUGCUCUAUGGAAGAUGGGACUUGGCAAAGCCUCCAGUAAUUGAGCCAAAGGAUCCGGAACAGCUGCUAAUGCAGACACCCCAGGGAAACCCGCUGCUGCUCUCCCACACCCUACAAGAGCUGUUGAGCAAGGACACUGUGCAGGUGGAACUUAUACCUGAGAAGAAGGGCCUCUUUCUGAAACAUGUGGAGUAUGAAGUUUCCAGCAAGCGCUUCAAGUGCUCUGUGUACAGGCGAUACAAUGACUUUGUGGUAUUCCAGGAGAUGCUGCUUCAGAAGUUCCCAUAUCGUAUGGUGCCUGCACUUCCUCCAAAGAGAAUGUUGGGAGCUGACCGAGAAUUCAUAGAGUCUAGGCGGCGGGCUCUGAAGCGUUUCAUUAAUCUGGUGGCUCGACAUCCCCCUUUCUCAGAAGAUGUGCUCCUGAAGCUCUUUCUCUCCUUUAGUGGCUCGGAUGUGCAGAACAAGCUGAGGGAGUUGGUCCAAGGAGUGGGAGACGAGUUCAUGAUUUGCCAACUAGCCCCCAGGGCCAAGGACUUCCUUCCAGCCGACAUCCAGGCCCAAUUUGCUGCCAGUCGAGAGCUUAUCCGAAACAUCUACAACAGCUUCUACAAACUGCGGGACCGUGCGGAAAGAAUAGCUUCCCGAGCCAUUGAUAAUGCCUCAGAUCUUCUCAUAUUUGGAAAGGAACUAAGUGCUUUGGGCUCAGACACUACACCACUUCCCUCCUGGGCUGCUCUCAACAAUAGCACAUGGGGGACUCUGAAACAGGCCUUGAAAGGCUUGUCUGUCGAAUUUGCGCUGUUGGCCGAUAAGGCUGUACAGCAGGGAAAACAGGAAGAGAGUGAUGUGGUGGAGAAGCUGAACCUUUUCCUGGAUUUACUCCAGUCCUAUAAAGAUCUUUGUGAGAGGCAUGAGAAGGGAGUACUGCACAAACACCAGCGAGCUUUGCAUAAGUACAGCAUGAUGAAGAAGCAGAUGAUGAGUGCCACUGUGCAGAACAAGGAGCCAGAGUCCGUGGAACAGCUGGAGUCACGAAUUGUGGAGCAAGAGAAUGCCAUCAUGACCAUGGAGCUGCGGAAUUACUUUUCUUUGUACUGCCUGCACCAGGAGACACAGCUAAUCCAUAUCUACCUGCCUCUCACUUCCCACAUCUUGGGAGCUUUUGUCAACUCCCAGAUCCAGGGCCAUAAAGAGAUGAGUAAAGUUUGGAAUGAACUGAAGCCAAAGUUGAGCUGCCUGUUUGUGGGACCCCACAGCAUGCCAACACCACCACUGUCACCCCCAGAGGGCAACUUCUUUGCCAAUUAAUGCUCUGAGAUCUGACAUUGACCAAGUCAAAGUGCGGUCACGAGAGAGGUGUGACCUCUAUCUCCAGAUAUUAAAAGGAAUCCUCCAAACAGCUAUUUUUAUACUGCUGCUUUGAGCUGCUCUCUGACUUAUGGACAGACUGGAAACAGAAGCACAUACACAGAGAGAGAGACAAUCUCCUGAUUUUUUGUUCUUUAUUUUGAAGUGCCCUGGGGCAUGACUGAGAUUCAUUGCCCCAGAGGCCCUCUGCCCAAGGACUGGAAGUGGCUUGGUACAUCACAUGCUGCAGUUCA